AUGAGCUCGGCGGACGAUUUGAUACCACUGAGCAAUGAGACUGUAGGCAAUUCCACUUUUUUCGCGUAUAUUGGACAAUACAUAGACUUGGACUAUUCGAUAUGGUUGUAUCGGUUGCUCACACCGGUGCUGGUUACAUUCCUACUGCCUUGCGCAUUUGUGCUGUUAAUUUACUGUACCAUAUCAUUUCUCUACAUUUACAAGCUGCACAGUCGGUUUAUAUUGCAGGUUUAUAAUGAGGGUGAUUUUGACUUUUGGGAUGUCGCCCGAACACUCGUCGCCGUUGUAUGGGAUGCCCACGGGUGGAUAUUUCAUGGUUACGAAGUUCGCGGGUUGGAGCAUCUCCCCGAAACAGGCCCCGCGCUCAUCAUCUACUAUCACGGUGCGAUCCCGAUCGAUAUGUACUACUUCACUGCGCGCGUCUACCUGAAGAGACAACGGUUGAUAUACACCGUCGGUGAUCGGUUCCUGAACAAAGUGCCCGGCUGGAAGCUGCUAGCACGCGUCAUGAAGAUCAGUCCCGGCACGGUACAAUCGUGUGCGAGCGUACUGCGCGACGGUAACAUGCUGUCGAUUGCACCCGGCGGUGUGUACGAGGCACAGUUUGGCGAUAGCAACUAUGAACUGCUCUGGCGGCAACGGGUUGGCUUCGCUAAGGUGGCGAUCGAGUCGAAAGCGCCCAUCAUUCCUAUGUUUACCGAAAAUCUUCGCGAAGGCUUCCGGUCUGUCGGUCUAGCGAAGCGACUGUUCAUCCGACUGUACAACGCGGUACGGUUCCCGGUGCGACCCAUCUACGGCGGUUUUCCGGUUAAGUUUCGCACGCAUCUCGGCCCACCGAUACCGUUCGAUCCAUCCCUAACGCCGGAAGAUCUCCAGGAGAAGGUCGCAUUUGCGAUCGAGGAGCUGAUCAACAAGCAUCAGCGCAUCCCGGGCAGCAUAUUUGAUGCACUGCUGGAUCGUUUCAUCAGCAGAAAGAAGAAAGCAAAAUGA